AUGAACUUUUCUCAUGGUUCAUAUGAAUAUCAUCAAUCCGUUAUAGAUAAUACAAGAAAAAGUAUUCAAUUGUAUCCUGGUAGACCAGUAGCUAUUGCUCUUGAUAACAAAGGUCCAGAAAUUCGUACUGGUAAUAUGAAGGAUGGCUUGGAAAUUCCUAUUAAAAAAGGACAUGAAAUGGUGUUUAGUGUCAAUGACACAUUCAAGGAUAUUUCUGAUGAUAAAACCAUGUACAUCGAUUACAAGAAUCUUCCCAAAGUGAUCAGUGUUGGCAAGAAAAUCUAUGUGGAUGAUGGAGUACUCUCAUUUGAAGUACUUGCAGUGACUAGUGAUGAAAGUCUUUCAGUACGCGCUUGCAAUAAUGGUAUUCUCAGCUCUCAUAAAGGCGUCAACUUACCUGGUACUGAUGUGGAUUUACCUGCUCUUUCAGAAAAGGACAAGGCAGAUUUACUAUUUGGUGUGAAAAAUAAAGUGGACUUGAUAUUUGCUUCCUUUAUUCGUACUGGUCAAGAUAUCAAAGAUAUUCGUCAAGUCUUGGGACAUGAAGGUCGAAACAUCAAGAUUAUCGCCAAAAUCGAAAAUCAUCAAGGUGUCAAUAACUUUGAAGAAAUAUUGCAAGAAACAGAUGGAGUCAUGGUGGCUCGUGGGGAUAUGGGUAUUGAAAUUCCAUUGGAACGAGUAUUUGUGGUUCAAAAGAAAAUGAUCGCUCAAUGCAAUCUUGUUGGAAAACCUGUGAUCUGUGCUACGCAAAUGCUUGAAUCUAUGACGACAAAUCCUCGACCUACACGUGCUGAAGUAUCGGAUGUGGCCAAUGCGAUUCUUGAUGGUGCAGAUUGUGUGAUGCUUUCUGGUGAAACAGCAAAAGGAAACUAUCCAGUGGAAGCGGUACGUACGAUGCAUGAUGUUUGUCAGCUUGCAGAAUCAGUGAUCUGCUAUCCGGCAGUUUUCAACGAACUACGAUCUUUGACAGCAUUACCUACUCAAACGACUGAAACGAUUGCCUGCGCUGCUGUGAGUGCUGCCCAUGAACAAGAUGCUGGUGCUAUUGUCGUGUUGACAACUUCUGGAAAUUCUGCUCGCUUGAUCUCAAAGUAUCGACCCUAUGCACCUAUUAUUGUUGUAACAAGAAAUCCCAUGGCGGCUCGUCAAGUUCAUUUAUACCGGGGAUGUUUUCCAUUUAUUUAUCCGAAACCGGCUACUGGGGAUGCUAGUAGUACUCCUGAACAUUUAGUUGCAGAUUCUCCUGGUAGUGCUUCUGUAGCUCAUUUGACUCCUAUUGAAUAUGCUCCUUGGCAAGAAGAUGUGGAUGCUCGUAUCAUGUGGGGAAUGGAACAAGGGAUCAAAUAUGGACUUUUAGAUCAUGGAAAACCAGUGAUUGCUGUUCAAGGAUGGAGAAUGGGUUAUGGACACACAAAUACAAUCAGAAUUAUCUCAUCUCCCUGA